AUGGAUGCCGCGACCAUUGAAGAGACGAAUCGCAUGCGCGAGUCGUUAGGCUUGAAGCCUCUUCCCAUCCCUGGCGCAGCAGCACCAUCGCCAUCGAGAGAAUCCCCGGAACCAUCCGAGGGGGAGGCUGAAGAUGAACCCAGCACCAUCGAAACGCGUGAGGCCAAGGCAUACGACAACUACAAGGCUCUACAGGAGGCUGAAGAAGCCAAGCGGCGCCGCGAAGCCAGGGCUGCAGCGGUAAAGAGGCAACGAGACGAAGCUCAGCGCUUUGCCAGUCUCCACGGCAAAGGCUUGGGCGAAGCACAUGAGACGGUUGAUGUCGAUGCGAAGACAUGGUUGAAGUUGCAGAAGAAGCGUCGGAAAGCCAUCGAGAAGACGCGAAAGCUUGAGGAUGAGCAAGCCGCGGCCGAUGCGGCUGCAGCUGCUGCUUUGGAGUACACGUCCAAGGACCUCGCCGGCGUCAAGGUUGCCCACGACGUGGCCGACUUUCUAAAGGGCGAUGAGCAAGUCCUCACGCUCAAAGAUACGACCAUCGAUGAGAACGAGGCAGAGGGGGAUGAGCUGGAAAACCUCGACCUCCGGGCAAAGGAGAACCUGAAAGAACGACUAGACGUCAAGAAGAAGACGUCGGCUUACAAUGGGCACGAUGAUGAAUCGGGCGAACGAGGUGUUCUGUCACAGUACGACGAGGAAAUCUAUGGAAAGAAAGGAAAGAAGUUCACCCUCGAUAGCUCGGGUGCUAUAGCUGAGCUAGCCGAUAUUCUCGAUGGCCCGGCCGAGAAAAGCAGGAAACUCCAGAGCAUUGACCUGGACAUGAUGCAAGACAAGCCUCAAUCUGAUUACCUCGAUGUUUCGGAAAUCAAAGUCAAGAAACCCAAGAAGAAAAAGUCCAAGACAACGCGCCAGAAGCCCAUCGACGACGAUGAUAUAAUAACCCCAGACGCUACAAUUCAGGAUAAUUCUGCAGAGACAGAGAUGGAUGUCGACUCGGCUGUGCCCGCCGCAAAGAAGCGGAAAACCUGGGAUGAUUCCUUCGUGGAUGACGAGGACCUUCAGACGUCGUUGGCCAUCCAAAGAAGGACUGCACUGAAGAAACGGAAGAGGACAAGGCCGGAGGAUAUUGCCAGAGAAGUCAGGCAGCUAUCGGAGAAACCCGAGGACGACGCCGAGGAAGAAGGCGGAGUCGUCAUUGAUGACGUCUCCGAGUUCGUAUCCGGGUUGAAAAAGCCCGAAGAGAACGAAAGCAGAGUUCGGAAAUCGAAACCGGCAGUCGAGCAGUCCGCCACAGCGAUGGACGAAGAGUUGGAUGAGGACGAAGACGUGCCUAUGGACGAUGCCGCACGUGAAACGUCGCCAGAAGUUAAGAAGGAUGAAACUCCAGGCCCCGGUGUUGGAGGCUUCGACGAGGAGAAGACGGUCGGAACGAACACUGGAGUCGGCUCAGCCCUUGCAUUACUGCGCGAGCGCGGCCUGAUCCAAGAGUCUCAUGGAGCGGAACUCAACGAGGAAUUCCGCCAGAAGGCCGAAUUCCUUGCCUCCAAACGACGCUUAGAACAAGAAGCGGAUGAUAAGACGCGGCAUCAGAGAGAGCGCGACAGGAUGAGCGGUCGUUGGGACCGGAUGUCGGUUCGCGACCGCGAGGACUGGGCUCGCCAGCAGAAUGCGUACCGCGACCAGCAGCAGUCCCGCACCGUGGACGGCCUCUUCAAGGCUCAUUACAAGCCCAACGUGGAGCUCAAGUACACGGACGAGUUCGGUCGAAGACUCGACCAGAAGGAAGCGUUUAAACACCUAAGCCACCAGUUCCACGGCAAGGGAAGCGGCAAGGGAAAGACUGACAAGCGCCUGAAGAAGAUCGAAUCCGAGAAGAAACGCGAGUCGGAAAGCAUCCUCGACUCGAGUGCCAACGCCACCAUGAGCGCAUCCGGCGCCAAGCGAAGGGAGGCCGGUGUUCGUCUGCAGUAA